GAGACGCGGCAGCACCCGCAGGCGAGCGGGCGAGCGCGCAGAGCGCAGAAGAAUGAGGCGGCCAAGGAGGCCUCCCGGGGGGCCCGGGGGAUCCGGCGGUCUCCGGACGCUCCUCUGUCUCCUGCUGCUGAGUAGCCGCCCGGACGGCUGCAGCGCCGUGAGCGCUCACGGCUGUCUGUUCGACCGCAGACUUUGCUCCCACUUUGAAGUCUGCAUUCAGGAUGGUUUGUUUGGACAGUGCCAGGUGGGAGUGGGGCAGGUCCGGCCCCUUUUGCAAGUCACCUCUCCUGUUCUUCAGCGCUUACAAGGUGUGCUCCGACAGCUUAUGUCCCAAGGACUGUCCUGGCACGAUGCCCUCACCCAGCAUGUGAUCUCCCAGGAGAUGGAGCGCAUCCCCCGCCUGCACCCUGCAGAGCCCCACCCACCGGACAGAUCUGGCUUGGUGCCCCGGAGACCUGGUCCCGCACUGCUUAUGCAGGGUGUCCCCACGGGCUCCGCCCCUGCCGCCCAGCACCGGCCUUCUCGGCCUCCUGCGGGCAGGGACGGCGCUGGGGCGGGGUCCCCCCUUGCUCCUCUGCCUGCUGAGCUGCUGCCCCCUCUCUUGGAGCACCUGCUGCUGCCUCCGCAGCCCCCGCACCCUGCCCUGAGUUACGAACCCGCCCUGCUGCAACCUUACCUGUUCCAUCAGUUUGCCUCCCGCGAUGGCGCCCCAGGUGCAGAGAGCCCCCCUGGGAUGACGGGUGCUGGCCCCCUGCCCAAGGCUGAGCCCCCAGCCCUCUUCAGCAGGACUGCCCCCAAGGGCGUAUUUGGGGCUCACCCUGCUCACUCCUAUGGGGACCCUCCAGGGCCUUCGCCUGCUCAGCUCUUCCAGGACUCGCGGCUGCUGUAUCUGACCCAGGACCGGCCAGUAUCUGGCAGGACUAGGGCACCCAGGCCACCAGAAACAGGGGGUCCUGGGGGCAGCAGCCUGACAGGGGACCCUGCAGAGAGUUAUGAGAAGGAAGGCCUAGAGGGUCGCAGGGAGACACCUCCUUCCAAGGCAGAGAAGUCAGACUCGACACCGCAGAGGCUGGCAACCCUGCUGGCGGGCUAUGGCGUGGAGCUGCGGCAGCUGAGCCCCGAGCAGCUGUCCACACUCUCCACUCUGCUGCAGCUGCUGCCCAGGGCCCCGGGCCAGAACCCGGGAGGGGCUGUAAAUGUUGGUGUUGAUAUCAAGAAAAUGAUGGAGGAGCAGGUGCAGGGGGGAGACACAGCAGAACCUUCACCCCCCACACCCUCCUUAUCAGGGUACCCCACUACCAGCCCCACCUCCCCUAAAACCCAGCAAGUUUUGAGCCCUGGAUCUUCUGAGUAUCCCAAAACUGCUGCUCCUACUGCCACACCCAUUCUGCUGGAGAAAAAAAGUCCACUGGGCCAGAGCCAAACACUGGAGGAGCAGCGGCCACCAGCCCAGACACCUACCGAGGAGUACGGCUACAUUGUCACCAAUCAGAAGCCCCUGAGUCUGGCUGCAGGAGUGAAACUGUUGGAGAUACUGGCAGAGCACGUACACUUGUCUCCCAGUCACUUCAUCAACAUCAGUGUGGUGGGUCCAGCCCUCACCUUCCGCAUCCGGCACAACGAACAAAACCUGUCUCUGGCGGACAUAACCCAACAAGCUGGGCUGGUGAAGUCCGAACUGGAAACACAGACUGGCCUGCAGAUCUUGCAGACAGGAAUGGGACAGAGGGAGGAGGCAGCCGCUGACCUUCCCCGGCCCGCCCGCAGCACCUCUCCCCUGCGCUCCAUAUUGCUCACUUUGGUGGCCCUGGCUGGUGUGGCUGGGCUGCUGGUGGCCCUGGCUGUGGCUCUCUGCAUGCGGCACCAUGCGAGGCAGCGGGACAAGGAGCGCCUGGCAGCCCUGGGUCCCGAGGGGGCACAGGGGGACACUACCUUUGAAUAUCAGGAUCUGUGUCGCCAGCACAUGGCCACCAAGUCCCUGUUCACACGCACGGAGGCCCCGCCAGAGCCCUCCCGCGUCAGCAGCGUGUCAUCGCAGUUCAGCGAUGCGGCGCAGGCCAGCCCCAGCUCACACAGCAGCACCCCGUCCUGGUGCGAGGAGCCGGCUCAGGCCAACAUGGACAUCUCCACGGGCCACAUGAUUCUGGCCUACAUGGAGGACCAUCUGCGCAACCGGGACCGCCUUGCCAAGGAGUGGCAGGCCUUAUGCGCCUAUCAGGCCGAGCCCAACGCCUGUGCCACUGCCCAAGGGGAGAGUAACAUCAAAAAGAAUCGCCAUCCCGACUUUCUGCCCUAUGACCAUGCUCGUGUCAAACUGAAGGUGGAGGGCAGCCCUUCCCGAAGCGAUUACAUCAACGCCAGCCCCAUUAUUGAGCACGACCCCCGGAUGCCCGCCUACAUCGCCACACAGGGCCCGCUGUCACACACCAUCGCGGACUUCUGGCAGAUGGUGUGGGAAAGUGGCUGCAGUGUCAUUGUCAUGCUCACGCCGCUGGUGGAGGAUGGGGUCAAACAAUGUGACCGAUACUGGCCGGACGAGGGCUCCUCUCUCUACCAUGUGUAUGAGGUGAACCUGGUGUCGGAGCACAUCUGGUGUGAGGACUUUCUGGUGCGGAGCUUCUACCUGAAGAACGUGCAGACCCAGGAGACGCGCACGCUCACGCAGUUCCACUUCCUCAGUUGGCCGGCAGAGGGCACCCCGGCGUCCACCCGGCCCCUCCUGGACUUCCGCAGGAAAGUGAACAAAUGCUACAGGGGCCGUUCCUGCCCCAUCAUUGUGCACUGCAGCGACGGGGCAGGGCGGACAGGCACCUACGUCCUUAUCGACAUGGUCCUCAACCGCAUGGCCAAAGGAGUGAAGGAGAUAGACAUUGCCGCCACUCUUGAGCACGUCCGUGACCAGCGGCCAGGCCUUGUCCGCUCCAAGGACCAGUUCGAAUUCGCCCUGACAGCCGUGGCGGAGGAGGUGAACGCCAUCCUCAAGGCGCUGCCCCAGUGAUGCCCAGGACUGCCUGAGCUCCUCUCCUUGCCUCUGUAAGCACCUGUGCACCCUACCCUGGGCCCCCCAGAACAAGUCCAGCCCUUCCCAGAGGAAUGUGUAAAGAAGGGGAUGUAGGAGCAUGGACACUCACCAGCCUCACCCCUGCGGGCACCCUGGACUGACCUGAGGUGGGGGCACACUGGCUGCUGAUCUGCAGAUGUAAGUCAAGGGGAUCUGUCCCACUGGAGCCGUCCUCCAUGAACUCCCCAGCCCGCCUCUGCCAUUCUGGAAGCUGUGGUUCCCCCACCACACCUCACCCCUGCCACCCUCCAGUACAGGCAGAACCAGGUGAAGGGCUGCCACCUCCAGCCCUUCCAGCUUUUGCAAUCCCUACUGCCCACUCCAAGAACCUCCACUCAACCCCUGCCCUGCCUGUCUUGUCCUCCACACUCCCCACCAUGGCCCUCUCACUACAUUCUGCUCAACUCUCUCCUGAGCACCAUAUAGAACAUUUGGAGAGAAAAAAAAAAUCUACUUUUGUAUCCAUGUGAAUAAAGUGCGUGUCUGUGUGCAACUAU